UUUUAGUUAAACGUUAAUCACAGCACUUGGCCCCAUCUGCGAGAGUUAAAAAUCUCUUUGCCUCUCCGUGAGAGGGAGAAAUGAAAAUUUACCCACACACUGCAGCCGCUGAGAGGCCAUGAGAUUUUUAUGUUCGUGGGUUUGUUUUGUUUCCACACAACGUACACAAGAGGAAAUCUUUAUCAUUGACUACAACGAUGGCAACAACAACAACACGAUGGGCAUUGGGUUUUCGUGUUGUUGUUGUUGCUAUAGCGUUUAUUUCUCGGUUUUUGUUUGUGUGCCAUUGCCUGGUGCUGGUGGUGUUUUGUUGGAGUAUUUCUCAAAUCGUCCGGCCUGUUGCAUUUAGUACCUGAUGUGUUGUACGUAUGUCAUGACGUAGUUAGCGCAUCGUCGUCUAUUUCGUUUUCGUUGUCGUUUUUAUCGUAACCAUCGUUGUCGUCGUAUGUUUCCUUUGGUUGUUCCGCCAUAACGCCAAAAGUAGAAUUAUUUAUUUUAUUAAAAAAAAUCGAAAAAGAAAAAAUAUUGGAAAAAUAAAUUCAAUAUCUCAGCAGAAAAAAAUUCAAUGCAAAGCAAAUAUUGAAGAGAGAAAAUUAAAAAAAAAAAUAAUUAAAAAAAAAUCCCAUUAAAUAAAAAAGAAAAAAGAGAAAAAAAUCUGCCACGAAAAAAGAGCGGAAAAAUUUCUGUUGUGGAAUGGAAAAAUAAAAACAAAAAAAAAAAUAAACACAAAAGUGCAGCAAAGAAAAUAGAAAGAAAAUAAACAGAAGAAAGAAAAUAUCUGUUAAGUGUUGGCAUACAAAUAAUCUGCAAAUAAUGCAACAACAACAAAAGCAGUAACAUAAAACAACUACAACAAACGGCCAAAGAAACCACAAAAACGUUCUAAGCCCUUUUUGUAAAAAACAAAAAAAACACAACAACAAUAACACCUAUUAUUACCCUGCACCGAGGCCCUCAUCACCAUCAUCACUGACAACAAAUCACACGAAGCGUAAAUGUUAACGUAAUACCUGCCGAAACAAAAACAACAACAACAAGUAUUAAACUUAGCAUUUAUUGUGAGUUGUGUUGUGUUUUUUUUUUCUUCUCCAAAAGCAUUCAGCAGCGUUGGCUUGGGGUGUUGGCAAACUAUUCCAGUGCAUCGCAGCCGUAGCCACACAGCUCUCCCCAGUGGAUUAAAUUUCACCUGAUUUUUUUGCCCAGCUUUAAAAACCCUUUGCCGGCAACAAUCCCCUCUCCCACCCCCAGGGAAUUACGGACUCUGACAAACCUCGUCGCCAUCCUCAGCGUCAUUGUUGUUGGUGUUGUUGUCGUAAAUAUCGCCACCUUUCGUCUAUAAUUAUACUCAACGUGAUCACGAGCUCACACCAAGUGUAGACCAGGUUCUUUUCCACCACCACCAUCAACAACAACAACAAUUUCUAUAAGAAUAAGAGGAAGCAUAACAACAAUCACAUCACUUCCAUCGGUUUUUUUUACAAAAUCCGCAACAAAAAAACGAAGGGGAACAAACGCUUGGAAAAAAGCUGUGAACUCAAAAUUUCAGCAUAAAUCUGCAGCGAAAACAAAAGAAAGGGAACAAAACAAAGAUCCCAUAAACCAAAGCUUGAUGCCAGCCAGCUAACGAGCAACAACAACAAUACUAAGCAAGGAGAACAACAAAAAAUUGCAGAAAUAUCCUCCAGUUUUUUUUUUUUGCCACAAGGAUUGUUUUAAUAUCUAGCCUUUGUGCCGGAGCACAAGACGACCUACAACAACAACGCCACAAAACAUUGACGCCAAGAAGGCCAUAACUUCUUUCUUUGGUUCGGUCAUCUCAAAACACUGAAGCUGUGUGUGCGCCUGCGCACCAAGCAUUUACGUUCUUGUUGUUAUUGUUAUUGAGCCGCCUCUGUCCAGCAUUAUCAUUAUCUUCAUCGUCAUCAUCCGCAACGACAGAGAGGAGCGAGCAGCACAUUUCUGUUGUGUUUACAAUCCCGCAGUAAGGCACAGAAAAUCCGGUUUUUCUUAAGACAACCUUAGCCAGGGACUUGGUGAAGGCCCUCCACACAUUCACAUCUCUCGAAGAGGACAACAAAGAUCGUGCAACAAUUCGUUGCUGGUUGAGAGAGCCUGUCCCCCAAAGGCUUUACUACAUUCUGCCUCCGAUUCUUCUGCUCCCCCCCCCGAAAAAUGGCUACUUUAUUGGCAAUUGUUAUGAUCAUGUGGCCCACAAGAAUAUAGGAACAAAACAAAGAAUCAAAACAAAAGACGGAAUCAACAGCAAAAUAUCCUCACAACCUUUCUUGGCGAUCAUAAGCAAGCAACCAGCCAGCCAGCCUUGCCUGUUGGCCUGAACCCAUUUCUUGUUGGCCAACUGAUUACUUGGCUGAUUGUAGUUGGUGUUGUUGUUUCGAGACACUCACCAAGGCAACCAUCCUCCAGCCAAGUCCUCUGCCCUGACUGAUCAUCACUGGUGUCGCCGCUGCCAACGUUCAAACGUCGACAUAUUCCUUGGGACACAUUCUCCUCAUCUUGAAUUCAAAGCGUUUCGUUCGUUCGCUUCUUUGCUUCAUCGAUUGCUGCUGCCACCACUCGUCGUUAUUGUUGUUGUUUUACGAAUUGAAAACUCGUAGACAUGGCGCCGAAAUCUAGAAAGAAGAAGGCUCACGGUAAGUUGCAUUUGCAUACGAAUUACCACAAAAGGCCAGCCCAAACCAAUUUACCCCGCACCCUGACCUGCUACUGUGAAGGCAGCUGUCCCAAUAAUGUUAUCAACGGUACAUGUGAAACCCGGCCCGGUGGAUUCUGUUUCAGUGCAGUGGAAGAGGUCUACGAUGAAAUCACAGGCACCUAUGAAGAGGAACGGACAUAUGGUUGCAUGCCACCCGAGGAAAAUGGUGGCUUUCUUAUGUGCAAAGUUGCCUCCGUACCCCACCUGCAUGGCAAGAACAUCGAUUGCUGCAACAAUGUUGAUAUGUGUAAUAGUAAUCUGUAUCCUGCCUUUACACCCAAACUUACCACACCCGCCCCCGAAUUGCCAGUUAGCUCACAGUCGGUCCACUACUUGGCCAUGAUUGCCUCGAUGAUCAUCUGCGUUUCAGUGUUUAUUGUCAUUGUGGUCGUAGUCUGUCUGACCUACAGACGGCGAGAGAAGCUAAGGAAACAGCCACGUCUGAUAAGCAGCAUGUGUAACAGCCAACUCUCUCCACUGUCACAAAUGGUCGAACAAAGUUCGGGCUCAGGAUCGGGUCUGCCAUUGUUGGUCCAACGUACCAUUGCCAAACAAAUACAAAUGGUCCGCCUGGUCGGCAAGGGUCGUUACGGUGAGGUCUGGUUGGCCAAAUGGCGUGACGAAAAAGUUGCUGUCAAGACAUUCUUCACCACCGAAGAGGCUUCAUGGUUCCGUGAAACGGAAAUCUAUCAAACUGUGCUGAUGAGACAUGAGAAUAUUUUGGGCUUUAUUGCGGCCGAUAUCAAGGGCAACGGCAGCUGGACCCAGAUGCUGUUAAUCACAGACUACCAUGAGAACGGUAGUCUCCAUGAUUAUUUGUCUACCUCGGUGAUAAAUCCCCAGAAACUGCAAUUGCUGGCAUAUUCCCUGGCCGCGGGCCUGGCACAUUUACAUGACGAAAUCUUUGGCACUCCCGGUAAACCGGCCAUUGCCCAUCGUGACAUAAAAUCGAAAAAUAUUUUAGUGAAACGCAAUGGCCAAUGUGCCAUUGCUGAUUUUGGUUUAGCCGUUAAAUACAUUUCGGAAUUGGAUGAGAUACACAUUGCCCAGAACACACGUGUGGGCACCAGACGCUACAUGGCCCCUGAGGUGUUGAGUGAAACCCUGAAUCCCCAGCAAUUUGAAGAAUUCAAACGGGCCGAUAUGUAUUCAGUGGGUUUGGUCCUCUGGGAAAUGGCCAGACGUUGUUACACCUCCAAGCCCGGGUCGAAGGCCACCACCUGUGAAGAUUAUGCCUUGCCUUAUCAUGAUGUUGUGCCUUCCGAUCCCACCUUCGAUGAUAUGCAUGCUGUGGUCUGUGUCAAGGGCAUUAGACCGCCCAUACCCUCACGUUGGCAAGAGGAUGAUGUUUUGGCCACCGUGGCCAAGAUAAUGCAAGAAUGUUGGCAUCAAAAUCCCACCGUGCGUCUAACGGCGCUGAGGGUUAAGAAAACACUGGGGCGUCUUGAGCCCGAGUACAUGGACUGUCCUAUGAAAAUUGUGUAGAUUUAGGAUAGAUAUGAGUGUAUCAUUAUUAUUAUUAUUUUCAUAGUUUUAAGUUAAUUAAUUAAUUCUUGUUUAAGUUGUAGAAAUUAAGAGAGUUUAGUAGAGAAAUUUAAUUUGCCCUUUAACAUCCUGAGAUGUUGUUCAUUUAAAGAUUAUUAAGUUGAUUAUAUUUUUAUUAUCAUUUUUAAAUUAAGUUUUGUAAAUUUCUCUUCUUUUUUUUCUGUAAAAAUCUUGAAAUUUAUUUAUUUUGAGUUAAAAUUAUUCAUUAUUUUGUAAAAUAUUUGGAAGUAAUCCUCACCGACCGUCAUAGUUUUUGUCGUAUAUAUUUUAAGGGAUAAUGAAAAUGUAGAAGAUUUUAGAAAGCAUUGAGAACGUUUUCCAACUUUUCGUGUUGAAAAGUUCAGUAUCGAUUAUUUUUCCUAUAGAAAAGUUCAUUAUUGAUGUGUAUUCUUAAAGGAAUCAAAUCUCCAAUAGAGAGGCUAUGCAUAAUAAGGUUAUUUUUGGUAACCUUUUCUUUUGAAAAAGUCGAUGACAUUUUCUAAAAUCAUCAUCGAUGGCAUUUUCUAUUGGAAAAAGUCAUCAUCGAAAUAUUCAUUAAAGGACAGAGGACUCCCAAAAGGUGUUCUAUCAUAGAUGUCGGCCGAAUCGGUCUGCUAUGGACAAAAAAUCAGAAUAGUUUUUACUAAUGGAAGCGAUUUCUGGGCCAUUAAAGUAUGUGCUCCAAAAGGCCUUUUGACUAUGGAAGAUAUCUAGAACACAUUCUAUUUAUAAAACCUUCUGUUUGGUCUAUAAAAUAAACUUCAAAGAAUUCUCAAUUUUUGGAAGUCCAGAAGUUAUGUUGCCACCCUAAAAGGUCUCUUUAUUUAAGUUCGCCUAUCUAUAAUGUUGCUACAUUUGUGAAUUACCAAAAGAUGUCCUUCAAAAGGUCUUCUGACUUUCUGACUAAAAAACGUCGUUUUAUUUCAAGGAAAAAUCCGAAAAAUAUCUUAUGUUUCAAAAAAGGUCUUCUAUCUACAGAAGAAUUUGAAAAGGUCUUUAAAAGGAUCUUUAAAUUCCAACAAAUUUUCAAGUGUUUUUUUAUUUCUAGAGGACCUCUGAAAGGAUUCGACAGGGCUUCAGAAGGUCUUUUUUUUCAAAAACGACUUGAAAAUGGUAUUUUCCUUAUAGAAUAUCUUCAGAGGGUUUCCUAUCUACAGAGUACCUUGUAGUGGCCUUCUCUCCAUAGAAUGCCUCCUAAUAUUUUUCUAUCUAAAGACCUUAUUUCGAAGACUUCUACGAGACUUUACAUUUGUAGAAGAUGCCAAAAAGGUCUUCUAUCUUUAGAAAAUCUCAUCUUGGAUUUAUAAAAAUCCUCACAAAAAAUAUCCACAUACCAUUUCAGAUUUAAUUGUCUUAAAUAUCGCAAAUAUUGCUCCACAAUAUCCGCCUACCACCUUUGGUAAUUUUAUUAUUGUCUUCUGAAUGAAAACGGGCAGAGUGGCUGGGUACCAAAACAAAUAUUAAAAAAAAUAUGUUCUUUUAAUUGAAAAAUAAUCUCUAAAAAUCCUCUUUUAUUGGUCUGAAGGUCUCUGAAAUAAUAGUCUUGAAAAAAACAACGUUUAAACGGCAGUUGGUUCUUGAAAAAUUUCUCUUUAAAAAUCAAAGUUUAAUCAGCAUAUGGUCCUUGACAAAUUAUUCUUUAAAAAUUCACGUUUAUUUGUCCUUUGGUCCUUGAAGAAAUAUUCUUAAAAAAAUCCACGUUUAUUUGUCCUUUGGUCCUUGAAGAAAUAUUCUUAAAAAAAUCCACGUUUAUUUGUCCUUUGGUCCUUGAAGAAAUAUUCUUAAAAAAUCCACGUUUAUUUGUCCUUUGGUCCUUGAAGAAAUAUUCUUUAAAAAUCCACGUUUAUUUGUCCUUUAGUCCUUGAAGAAAUAUUCUUUAAAAAUCCGAGUUUAUUUGUCUUUUGGUCCUUGAAGAAAUAUUCUUUGAAAAUUCACGUUUAUUUGUCCUUUUGUCUUUGGAGAAAUAUUCUGUGAAAAUUCACGUUUAUUUGUCCUCUGUGGAAAUAGAUUGAUUUACUCUUUUUAAAAAGUCAUUUCCGAUGACCUUUUCCUUUGGAAAAUUCCAUUUCCGAUGAUGUUUUUAAUUAGAAAAAAUAAUUCCCGAUUACCUUUUCUGUUAGAAAAAGCAAUUUUUAACAGAAAAUUUUCUCCGAUGACCUCUUCUAUUAGAAAAGUCAUCUUCGAUAUCCUUUUUGCAAAAAAUCAAAUCCGAUGACCUUUUCUGUUGGUAAAAGUCCUCUCCAAUAAAAAAACUUCUACAUUUUAUUUCCCUGCCACCACCAUUUUUUGCAUUUUGUUUAUUUGUUUAAUGUACAAAGCCAUUUCAUUUAACUAUUAGUUUAAUAUUAAAACUAUUGCAUGACAUUAUUAUUAAUAUAUUUUUUUUUUAUCUGACAAAAAUUAAGUUUAUAAUUUAAGAAUUCAAAAAAAGAAACGAAUAUUUCAAACUACACCUUGUUUAUGGCUUUAAAAAAAUCCAAUUUUUUUUGUUUGUUAAAAUGAUAUUAAGUUAUAGCCUAAUAAUUUUUGAAACCUAUAUACAUUUUGGUUAAAAACAAAAACAAAGGCCUUAAAAAUAAUUUAAAGCAACUAAAAAAAGUAGUUUAGAAAAAAACUAAGAAAAAAAGUGCCAGUUUUUUUGAAAUACAAAAAAGUAAAUUUUUGCUUCACAAACGAAACGAGAAAGCCUACAAGAAAUAUGCUUUAAAAAUUAUUUACACAAAACAGAACAAAAAAAAAAACAAA